AUGACUCUAUACCAUUUUGGAAAUUGCCUUGCUUUAGUAUAUGCGCCAUAUUAUAUGGCAUAUAAAUUUUCGGGAAUAUCUGAAUAUGCAACCUUUUCUAAAUGUGUUUAUGCCGGUGGUCUAUAUAUAUUCACACAGCUUUGUAAAAUGCUGCUAUUAGCAACCUUCUUUCCCGAUUCAGAUAAUAUUAAUGAAGGUGGAGAAUAUGAUGUGAUUUUAGAAAUUCUCAAAGCUACAGUUGAUCUUGCUGAUCUUCUUGGUCUAUAUUUCGCUUUAAAUUCGAUUCCUGGUAAAGGUCAUGCAAAGAUUUUAAAUGCGGCAAUAGGGUGGGCUAGUGCAGAGGUAGUAGUAACCCGAAGCAUUCUUCUCUGGGUGGGAGCGAGAGGGUCUGAAUUUGAUUGGCGCUAUGUCCGAUCAUGUGCCGAAUCAAAUGUGGCACUGUUGCAACAUGCUUCCACUGCAGCCCUUGUAUGGCUUUGGACAAGAAGUGAUUUACCAAAGAAACAUUUCCCAAUUGUUGUAACAUUACUAGCCCUGACUCCAUAUAGAAGUCUAGUUGAAGAAGCAAUAGGUAGCAUUUUCUCUCUCAGUGCAUGGGCGCUAUUGGGCCUCAAGACACUACAUGCAUCAGUUAUUGGGCUGAGUGCCCUAGCUUUGUAUGCAGUGCUGGCCCAACAAAUUGGAAUA